GUUACACACCAGCCGGGCGGCGGCGUGCGUGGGCGUGGCGCGCUGCCCACUAGAGGGCGCCGCAGCGAGGCCGCCGCCUGCGGGCGGCUCAGUCCGUGCGCCCGGCCCGGCCCGGCGAGAUGGCGGCGAGGCGGCGGCGGCGGCUGCUGAGCCGAGCCCUGCGGCCGCUCUGCCCCCUGGGGGCCCGGCCGCCGGCCAGGUAUCUGCAGACUGAACAUCAUGAAUUGGUACGUCAAGAAACAUCUUCUGCUAAAACAUUAAUGGAUAUUGGAACUCGAAGGAUCUUCUCUUCGGAUCAUGAUAUCUUCAGGGAAAGUGUGAGGAAAUUCUUCCAGGAAGCAGUGGUCCCUUAUCAUGCAGAAUGGGAGAAGGCUGGCCAGGUGAGCAGGGAGCUCUGGGAAAAAGCUGGACAACAGGGACUGCUGGGUGUCAAUAUAUCAGAAAAACAUGGUGGCAUUGGAGGGGAUCUGCUCUCUUCAGCAGUGGUCUGGGAGGAGCAGAUGUAUGUUAAUUGUACUGGCCCAGGAUUCAGCCUUCAUUCAGAUAUUGUCAUGCCCUAUAUUGCAAACUAUGGCUCAGAAGAACAGAUUGAACGGUUUAUCCCUGAAAUGUCUGCAGGCAAAUGUAUUGGUGCUAUAGCCAUGACAGAACCUGGGGCUGGCAGUGAUUUGCAGGGUGUACGAACGUAUGCAAAAAAGGAUGGAAGUGAUUGGAUUCUCAAUGGAAGUAAGGUAUUCAUCACUAAUGGCUGGAUGAGUGAUUUAGUGAUUGUGGUUGCUGUUACAAACCGUGAGGCCCGCUCCCCUGCUCAUGGGAUCAGCCUUUUUCUGGUGGAGAAUGGAAUGAAAGGAUUCAUCAAAGGACGCAAGCUGGAAAAAAUAGGCCUGAAAGCACAGGACACAGCAGAGCUGUUUUUUGAAGAUGUACGUUUGCCAGCCAGUGCCUUGCUUGGACAAGAGAACAAAGGGUUCUACUAUUUGAUGGCAGAGCUCCCUCAGGAAAGACUGUUGAUUGCUGAUAUGGCACUUGCCAGCUGUGAAUUCAUGUUUGAAGAAACAAGGAUCUAUGUUAAACAAAGAAAAGCUUUUGGGAAAACAAUUGCACAUUUACAGACGGUGCAGCACAAGUUAGCAGAACUGAAAACACAGAUUUGCGUGGGCCGGACGUUUGUGGACAGCUGUCUGCAGCUGCAUGAGGAGAAACGUCUGGACUCCUCCACAGCUUCCAUGGCAAAAUACUGGGCUUCUGAUCUCCAAAACAGUGUGGCUACUCAGUGUGUACAACUUCAUGGAGGAUGGGGGUACAUGUGGGAGUAUCCAAUUGCAAAAGCUUUUGUGGAUUCUCGUGUCCAGCCAAUCUACGGUGGAACCAAUGAAAUAAUGAAAGAGCUCAUUGCUAGAGACAUUGUGAUUGACAAGUAGGCACAUGGCUAUACUGGAGACUGCUCCUGAAUCCUAUCACAAUUAAUACAGCAUUAAAUCAGGCACCAGAAUGCAAGUAAAAGUAGUAGUGUGUUUUGUUGAAGAAAAGGAACUGUU